AUGUUUGUGCGCCCCCUUAGGUCCGUAUCUAUCGCCGCGUCGCUCGUCGGCGCAGGCCUCAACUUCGUGCUCGCGGCCCGCCUCCUCGGCCUCUGGCGCUCGCUCGGAUGGGAGUCGGAGACGGAGUGGGAGGCAUCGGGAGACGUGUGGAGGGUGGAUAGCGUCAAGAUAGUGUGGGGAUUGUUGUCGACCUACUUUGCUGCGGCGUCGCUGGCGUGUUUCGUCGGCUUCGUCGGUCUUGCAAAGACUAUCCCCUCUUUUGUCCGCUUCUACCGCGACUACUCCAUCGCCGACUUCGCCUUCAUCACCGUCUCUACGCUGUUCGUCAGCUAUACGUCGUACAGCACCCCUUAUGUCCGGACAGGUGUUUGCGAAGAGCUCUCGCGGCACCCCGAUCUCAUGCGCGACAUGGUCGAAAUGGGCCUCAAUGUGGAGAACUGCGAGCUGUGGUUUGACCGUGCCGUCGUGGGUAUGAUUGGCAUCAUGUUCAUCCUCAUUGUCAUUCGCCUCCACACGCUGAUUGCGCUCUCGAAGCACUACCGAUACAUGUGGCGUGAUGCCGCUAUCAACAAGUCGCAGCACACGAGUCUUCGUCAGCUCAACACCGACUCGCUGCACCGCAUCUACCUCCUCCCCACACCGACGUCGCCCCAGUCGUCUUCGAUGGCGUUCAACCACUACGACACAUCAUCACACUCCCGCUCUCCCUCGGGUAACAUUGUCGUUUACGCACCGAUCCCGGUAGGCGGGAUGUCUGAGGCGGAGGCGCGGAAGAUGAACGCCACCGAGGCAUGGAUCCCGCGUCGGACGUCCGCGGAUGCUGGCUCGAGCCCGGGUUCUUCAUCCCCGCGCUCGCACAGACACAGCCGCUCUGCUUCCGUCCACGGGCACCGACGCCAUGGUUCAAACCCGCGCUCGACAGGGGCGCGGAAGGACAGCGGCUUUUCUACAGUAGACGAGAAGUCGGAGACAGGGCCGCUCUGA